AUUUGCUGCACUAAGUGACAGCAGCUAUGACAUUGACUUAGCUGCAUCUUCUAACUCUAAUUGCUCUGAUCCUGAGUAUGAACCUGACGACGAAAUAGUUGAUGAGGAUGAUAUUUCUGUCUUUUCUUAUGACGUUGAUGAUCCAUGUGUAGAUAUUGGUGUGGUGUUCCCUUAUGUUAAACAAUGCAAAUCAGCAUUAACCCAGCAAUCUUGAAUGUUUAUGCUUUCCGUACUGUUAAGAAAGACAAGAAGCGCUUUCGAGCCAAGUGUGUGAGAGCUAAUAAGGGCUGCAAGUGGAUAUUUCUGUCUUUUCUUAUAAGAAAUAGGAUUGCUAUGUCAAUGGAGGGAAAAAUAAUCCCAUCUAUUCUGGAGGCUCUUACUGCUCAAAGCAAAGCUAUCAAGGACUGCAAAGUUUUAAGUUGUGGAAAUAGCACAGCUGAAGUAACUGCACCUACCAAAUCAGGAGCACGUUUUAGGUAUGCAGUCAACUUGGAGUUGAAGACAUGCGGCUCGCUUGGCAAGUGAGUGGAAAACCCUGUAGACAUGCUUUAGCCAUCAUUGCAAAACUUAGCAGGGAGGUGCACAUGGAUGACUAUGUCCAUGAGUACGCUGUUGACAGGUUCAAAAAGGCAUAUCCUAGUAUGUUCAAUCCAAUGACAUCCAAGCAAUUUUGGCCACGUGUUGAACUAGGAUACAAAAUCAAGAAGCUAAUAUUAAGAAGAAAGCCUGGGAGGCCAAGAAAAUAUAGGAUCAAGGCAUCAGAUGAGCCUAAUAGUACAAAGAAAAGGAGGUGCCCUGAAUACUAUGAACUAGGCCAUGCAGCCAAAAAGUGCCAAGGAGGCUUAACAGCAAGACAGAAAAGGAGCCGCCUGUCUAAUGAUAGUGCAUUAGAGGGAAGCAAUGCUAGUACAAGUCACAUUGGAGGAGAAAGACCACCAACUGGGAGGGGUAGAGGAAGAGGUGCUUCAAGACUUGCUGCAUACUUCAAUGCUUAGAAAUGACAUUAUUUUGGUGCUCAAAUGUGAUUUGAGCAUGUACGGCAUUAUUUUUGGAGUGCUCAAAAAUGGUCUGGGCAUGUACUGCAUUUAUUUUGGGUGCUCAAAUGUAAUCUGGCAUGUACUGCAUUUAUUUUAGGUGCUCAAA